AGUCAGCAGCAAUCUCUGGUCUUGAGUUAAAUUUGCUUAGAAAUUAUUUUUUCAAUAAUUUCAUAAUUAAGGGUGCAACAUAUAAAUGUGCAAACUGAAAUUGUUUUUGUUUACUCAUAAUGAAUUUGAUAACUCUUCAUUCAUGUAGUCAGACUCUGGACAGGAUUCAAUCAGGAGCAAUACCCUUGGUGUGGCUGAAGCUAGUGACACUGCUGAACAGUCAGGAGCUAAGGCUAAUGGUUCAUGCACUUAAUGUCUUUUGAAUUAGCGAGAGGGCUGCACAGGAAAAUAAAUGACCUGACGUCAUGACUUUUAAAUGGAGGGGCAGGGAGAUAUUAGUGCACUUUCUGAGAUUUUUGGUGCGUCUGAGGAUUUUGACUCUGCUUUGGAGGAGGGUAGUGAGGCGUGGUUUGACUUCUUAACCCAAUCGUCUGGAGUGGUCGAUGAAAUCAUUCCGACACAAGGACCCACAGAGAAAAAUAUACGCUUCUGCAUCAUUUUGGCCGAAAAAUUGCAUAGAAAAUACGAGACAUCGAACCUCCAGGCCAAAUUCGAAGGCAUUGGUACUGUACCUUUACAAAAAAGAGAUGAAAAAACCCUGACUGGAAGUAUCAAUUCUUGCUUGGCCGGCAAAGUGAAGGUAUAUCUGGAGUUUGAAGGUUCAAAUGAAAGAUCAAUUGGUUCUACCGACUUUGAAUUCAUUAAGAACAAUGAUCAAGUCAUACAUGAAAUGUUAUCCAAACUAGAGAUGGGCCAGGAUGAACUUUUCAAAACGUUUGGAACUUUAGCUGGAGCUUUUUCAUCGAGAAGCAGAGGUGUUCAACAGGCCACCCCUCGUGGUGCAGGAGGAACAGGAUCGUCAAAUGUGAAUAAAAGGGACGAUGCCAUACUCGAAAAAAUUCUUACAUUACUUGUGUACAAAGCUGCUGAGAUAGAUGGCCGCGAAUUUCUCGAAAUGGUCUUCAGCACCUCAGCUGGAAGAUUAGUAUUCAAUCACUACAGAAACAGUUCUACAUCACCAGGAGACGUUGCCAGAGCGAAUGGACAUACCAACUUGGGAGAUUUCCUUGAGGAUGUGAAUGAAAGGCUAUCAAAAGAAGUUUGCUAUGAAGACAGCUAUGAAACUGUUGAUUGGUUAGGGCUUAAGCAUGCCGUGGAGAAGAAAGUUUGUCCACCUAGUACUGAUGAUGCCCAAUCGGUAGAUUCUCCAGGUGGUGACAUGAACCAGAGUGGCUACGAAGCAGACGAUGAAGUAUCACCGUUGCCAUCACCCGCAGACACUGAUGCGAUUGGUAGCGAAAUGGAUGAUUCACAGCAUGAAUCAUUCAUUCAUGCUGAUUCAGGGCAUAUCACAUUAGAUAAGAAUGAUACUCUUGAUUCAAUCGCGACCGAAGCUGAAAGGCAAUGA